GUGGAGAAGCGCCGGAAACGGCUGAGGAACCCGGAAGCAGCUGAGGAACCCGGAAGUGCCGGGAACCGGGCCUCGGAGCAGGAUGGACGAUACACUCUUCCAGCUGAAGUUUACAGCAAAGCAGCUGGAGAAGCUCGCCAAGAAGGCUGAGAAGGACUCCAAGACUGAGCAAGCCAAAGUCAAAAAGGCUCUUCAGCAGAAAAAUGUGGAGUGUGCCCGCGUCUAUGCUGAGAAUGCCAUCCGGAAGAAGAACGAAGGGCUGAACUGGCUUCGCAUGGCCUCCCGAGUGGAUGCCGUGGCCUCCAAGGUCCAGACGGCAGUGACCAUGAAAGGGGUGACUAAAAACAUGGCUCAGGUGACUAAGGCCUUGGACAAGGCUCUGAGCUCCAUGGACUUGCAGAAGGUGUCAGCCGUGAUGGAUAAGUUUGAGCAGCAGGUUCAGAAUUUGGAUGUGCACACUUCGGUUAUGGAGGACUCCAUGAGCUCGGCCACCACGCUGACUACCCCCCAGGAGCAGGUGGACAGCCUCAUCGUGCAGAUUGCGGAGGAGAAUGGCCUGGAGAUCAUGGACCAGCUCAACCAGCUCCCCGAGGGGGCCUCAGCCGUGGGGGAGAGCUCUGUCCGCACCCAGGAAGACCAGCUAUCCCGAAGGUUGGCUGCCUUGCGAAACUGAGGUCCUGUCACCUCAUGGACUGCUGUUCCCCCAACCAGGCCACCUCUCCUACAGCCCAUCUCCAGCCUCUGCUCUGGGGACAGACUCUUCUCCUUUUUGGUGUUUCUUUUAUUCCAGCAAUGACUGCUUCCUGCCCAGCCAGUGGGGAGAUGUUCAAGGGGGGGUUGCCAACACAACCUUGCUCUGGGCCUGGAGAAGCGUCUCUGCUGGCAGCGUGUUUCAUGGCUGGGGGCCAGGGCCCUUGGUGAGCACAAUGGCCCUGGGCCCCAUUUCUACACUACACAGUGAUCUUGCUGGAAGCUCAAGUGCUUUUCUUCUGGGAUGCUGGUGCCUGAGUCUCUCCUGAUGUCUGUCUCUCUCUCGUGAUUGUCAUGCAUCCCUCUGUCACAGAUUGGGUCUCCUGUGGGUAGACCCUGGGCUGCUUUGGGCAGCAGCAGAGUGGGCAGCUGUGUGCCCCUUUCUUUGUAGCUUUGUUUCAUCAUGAGUCGGUUAGAAGAGACUGCCCCGGGUUUGCCUGGGUGCUUGCUGUGUUUCGUGGGAGGGCCAAGUGGAGCAAGCAGCAUAGGCCUGUGCCUUGGUGUGUUGCCGUAACAGCAUGUUCCCAUGCAUUUGGCUCCCCCAUGCUGCUGUGCCUGCUGUGCUCCUGCCACUGUGCCCCCAGGGGCCUCGCCUGGUGGGCAAGGGUCCUGCUGUGCCAGCUCCCAGCACCCAGUGUUGGCAUCAGGGUGCCAGCCUGCCCACCCACCCUGGAUUCCCCCACCACCAAGUGACCUUUGCGAAGCUGACUCCUCCCUCACCACCAUACGUGCACCUGCUGCGCACUGCCCUUGGAGAGGUGGCUCCCUGUGAGACAGCUGGACCAUCAAGGGAGGACCUCACCUGCUCCUGGCACUGUCUGCUGUGAGCCCCGGGAACAGGUUGCCCAGCAAGCCAAGCCCUUCUGCGAGUGGCGUCCAUGCCUGUCCUGCCCUGAGUAUGUUGCUUAGCUCCUCGAUACCUCUGUUGCCUUUACCUCAUGGGGCUCCGGCUCCCCCUGCUCACGUCUGGCCUGCAGGGUUCCCCACACUACCACCCUUGGUGCAGAGCUGGCGAGCUUGUGACCAUGGAGCGCUGCAAGAGGAGAAAGCUGUACCCAUGCCAGAGGGAGCUCCCCAUGGCCCAGCCCGGGAAGAGCCAGCAGAGCUAUGUGUUGCCCUUUCACUGUCAGCUCCCUAUCUGUGCUGGAGCAGCACAUGCCCAGCCCCUUUGCACCGCAGCAGCUAGAUGAGGGGCGGCUGACGGGGAGAGGCAGGUCCGGAGAGCUGCUCCAGCAUGUGGGGAUGGGUCCAUGUGCAUUUGCUGUCCCCAGCCGUGCUUGGAAGCAUGUCUGGUUGCUCCUGGCAGGCCGGCUAGGAGGGUUGGGGUACUGGUGCUUCAUGUUGUCUGGGGCUGAGGCAGCAUCCGCACACCCCCUGCGUCGGGGGCUCAGCCCUGGCCUUGCCUGGUCCCUCCCUCUGCUGCAGGCCAGAGCCGCUUUGUACAGCUCCUGGGUACAAAGACCUCUGAAGUCUGUUGGGAAUCUUUCCUUCUGCGGUCCUUGGGAGCCGGCGUGGGCAUGGCCAGAGGGAAGAUCUUCCUUCCUGGGGAUGCUUUGUUCCAUCUCCAGAAAAAGACUGAGACACUAAUCGAGUCGGGGCUGGGGCUUGAAUCCCAUCUGAGUGGCUGACGCGGUCACGUGUUGGGUGUCCAGGCCUCUGCUGGACUGGGCUGGGGGCAGAGCAGGGGACUGCGCUGGAGCGGAGCUGCCCUGCAUGCCCGUCCCGUCGGGGUGUCUUGGGGCAGCCCGACCAGCGCAGGGCCCUGCAUGGAUUGGACCCCGGCUCCCGCUGUCUGGAGGCGGCGCAGAGUGCGCUGGCUCCUGUCCUGUGCUGGCGUCGGUAGCUACCUGCCUGGGGCCGUGCGAUGGGGAUGGGAGGGGGCCCCGGCCCCACGCACAGGGGCCCUUUGCUCCGGGGGUGGCCCCAUGCUCGCUGUUUUUAAUAGCCUGUUUUGUUUUGAAACCCUGUGAUUCCCUGUGCUUUCAAUAAAACCCUGUCCUUGAA